AUGGUGCUGGAGAGCAACACGGUCAAGGGGCCUAAAGCCCUCGAUGAGAACAGAAAACUGUCCCCCUUGUGGAGUCUUGCCUCCUCCAAGGAUAGCGAGAGAGCCUUUCAAAUUUUAGCUCAGACGGAAAAUUUCACCAUGGAUGCGAUAGGCGACCGUGGCUUCACGCUGCUAUCGCAAGCAGCGAGCGCUGGUUCCGACAAAAUCGUUGAGCUACUGUUGAACACGGAACAGUUUGAUGUCAACUCGAAAGAUGAUCAGGGAACAACGCCACUCAUCUUCGCGAUUCACAGUGGUAAAGCAUCGACUGUCAAACUCAUAUUGGGGACGCGGAAAGCAGACGCCGAGAGGACGGGCAAACUUGGCCAGACAUCUCCAGGCUGUACCGCAUUGCUCGAAGAUGAGAUGACUGCCGAGGGGCCGGUUGAAAGCAGGAGAGUCGACGUGAAUGCAAGUGACGUCUACAUGUCAACGCCACUACAUUGGGCUGUCUACUUGCUACAGCCUGAUGCGGAUGGGAUGGAAGUCGAGGCCAGGAACAGUACAGGCUGCAACGCUCUUGCCGGUGCCGUGCAGAAUCGCUGCGACAUUGUGGAGUUGCUGCUCGCUGAGGAGGGUAUUGAUGUCAACCUGAAGGAUUGUUCAGACAAGACGCCGCUUUCACUGUUGCGCGAGUUGCCAGAAUCCCCAGGCAGGAAUACCAUGGAACAGAUGCUAUCGGCGGCAGGAGGAGUGGCUGAUGUUUUUCCGAGGGAAAACAGCCUGCCGAGGUUGCAGCCGCAGGGGGUUCUGGACGCUACCUUGAAAGCCGUCGCUGCGGCGAAGUUGUCUAGACGGACUUGCCAAAGUUGUCUCUAG